UCGAUCUAACUGUCAUGGCGGCAGAGGACAUGUGCGGCUGUGCAGUCCCUCCCCGGUCAAGUGCAGCAGACAGAGACGCGGAAGCAGAAUCUAAGCCUGUGUGUGUGGGUGUGUGUGUAUGUGAGGAGAGAUUAGAAAAGGGCAGGGCAUGCACAGACACACACAAUUGCAGCAGAUGUAACUGAAAAAAAAAAGUCUAAUCAGUGAAGAGUGAACGUUUUUGGAAGCAGAGUGGUCAAGGUGAGAGCCGUUUCUUCUUGUGUUCUGCACCAGAUUUUGUACCUCUUCAUUUGCUGCCUUACCUCACUUCUGCAUACAUCAUGUCACUACUGACUCAUGUGUUGGCGUGCCUCUUCGGAAUGGGCUCCUGGGUGGCCAUCAAUGGGAUGUGGGUGGAGCUCCCCUUGAUUGUACCUGAAAUUCCAGAGGGCUGGCUUCUGCCCUCCUACCUCACAGUCCUCAUCCAAAUGGCCAACAUAGGCCCUCUCUUCAUUACCCUCAUGCACCACUUCCGCCCAGGGGUGCUAGAUGAGCGGCCGGUCAUCUACUGCAUUGUAGGGUUGGGUAUCCUCGCUACAUUCCUGCUGGCUUUUUUUUGGAAGUACACAGUGACCUUCGGGGGCUCACUGCAUAGUGUGCCACUGUUGAUGUUAAGUUUCCUGCUUUCUGUGGUGGACUGCACUUCAUCUGUUACCUUUCUUCCUUUCAUGAUGAGGUUGUGUCCACAAUAUCUCACUACAUAUUUCGUAGGUGAAGGCCUCAGUGGUCUGGUGCCUGGACUAGUGGCCCUUAUUCAAGGUGUUGGUGUAGUUCACUGUGAAAAUGCCACUUUGGCUGGUGACACAAGAGCUAAUAAUUCCAAUAUAACUGACAUUGGAGAGCUAAAGGCCAUCUACCUUCCCGCUAAAUUCUCUGCCCAGGUCUUCUUCGUAUUCCUCAGUGCCAUGAUGGUCGUGUGCCUGAUAGCUUUCGUCCUACUCAACCACCACCCAGCUGUGGCUCGGGAGAGAAAAAGUGAACGAUACUUCAGUGGGGAACUUGACCGUGAGAAGAGAGAGCAAGGCCUGUCUCUGAAUGCCCAAACACCAGAGCAAAAGCCCAUGAUCAGCCCCUUGGAAGCUGGCAAGAAGGAACCUAGGAGCUCUUUUGGGAGGGGGACAUAUAGUAUCUGUGAGGUGGUGUUCAUCUUUGUCGUACUGGCUUGGGUCAAUGCUCUCACCAAUGGAGUGUUGCCUUCAGUGCAAUCCUACUCAUGCAUGCCUUAUGGGAACAAGGCCUACCAUCUAGCUGCCACAAUGGGAGCUGUUGCCAACCCUGUGGCUUGCUUCAUCGCCAUGUUUAUACCAAUAAGAUCUCUUGUCUUCAUGGGGGUUUUGACCAUUUUUGGGACUGGAUUUGGAGCCUACAUUAUGGGCAUGGCUGCUCUGAGUCCAUGUCCUUUGCUUGUCCACAGUACAUAUGGAGCUGUAGUCAUAGAGCUGGCCUGGAUCCUGUUUGUCCUCUCGCUGUCGUAUGUGAAAGUCAUCAUUGGGGUGAUCCUGAGAGAUGAAGGCCACAGUGCCCUCGUGUGGUGUGGAGCUGUAGUGCAGCUGGGCUCCAUGCUCGGCGCUCUAACCAUGUUCCCACUUGUCGGUUACCAUCAGCUUUUCACGCCAGGUGAUCCUUGCAACACUAAGUGUUCGACAUAGACCUUAAAGGUGUUUAAGUCACACUCUGCUGUAUGAAACUCUAACAUUAAUUUCACCUGUUUUAGUAGAAUUAAACCUGUUGAGUUUUACAUAUUUCAACAUGUUGUAAAAGAGCUGGCAGAUUAUAGGUGGUGAUCUGCCACAGUAUCACUCCUUGUUUUUAGUAAGAUUGUGUUCAUGAAUGUGAGAUGAUUUAGCUGUAGUUAAUCAUGUAUGGCGUACAUAUAUAUAUAUAUACAGUACUUAGCAAAUUUAUUAGACCACCUGUCAUAACCC